AUGGCAAUUAUUGAUCAUUUUAGUUUCUAUGUAAUUUUCAUAUUUAGUAUUUUAGAUGAUUUUGGAUUUAGACAUUUAUUGUGGGUAUAUUCAGCUAUUGAGGGUGGUGCACAAGCACAGAAAAGAGUUGACCUUGGUGGGCACUUGCAUCCUUUCAUGAGUCAAUCUUUAAGUAUAAUAAACCAAUAUUUUGAUGACUUAAUAUUGAAGGAUCAAGAUGUUUUGAAAGAUGAAAAUUGUUGGAAUAAAGUAUUAGGAUGUAUUCCUAAUGAAAAUAAAAAAAAUACUUUGAAAAAACAUUGGUUGGAAAACCUAUCACAAACAUCUUCAGAUAGGUGGAAGGAUAUAACAGAUGAAUUAAAUCUAACCAUAAAUAAAGGAAAUUUACCAAUGUGUGAAAAUGAAAUCAUUCUUCAAUAUGCAUAUCCAAGGCUUGAUAAGGCAGUAUCAAUAAACAUUAACCAUUUAUUGAAAAGUCCAUUUUGUGUACAUCCUAAAACAGGCAAGAUAAUUUAUCAUUAUCACCAUUCUGAUACAGUUGAAGAAAUUUCACUUUUUGACAUGUCCCGCAUUAAAAAUAAUAUUAAGAAAAUUAAUCAUAAACAUUCAAUUUUUUAA